UUACUACAAGAUCUCGUAUAAGCAUGAACACAUUCCUAAAAAUUGUAAUACCGUUGUGUUUCGCACACGCCCUUACCAAGGAUAUCCCUUCCUUCUUACGCCCCUGCAAAAGAGAUGACGUCACACUUGGUGAAUGUAUGACACGUACCGCAUACGAAAUUGUGCCUAAAUUAAAAAAUGGCAUAUCCGAGCUAGCGCUAGACCCUUUGGAUCCUUUACUGGUUUCCAACGUGUCUUUUUCCACCGGAGGGGAAUCGAUGAGGUUGGAUGUUAAGCUGAAAAAUUUGAAAGUGAUGGGCUUGGAACUGUUUGUGGUGAAAAACUUGACUACAAAGAUUAACGAGGGAAUAUUUAAUUUCGCAUUUUACGUACCUCAACUACGAAUUGUCGCAGAUUACGAGAUAGAGGGCAAGCUCCUGGCCUUCGCUGUAGCUGGAAUCGGACGUUGCGAGUUGAAUGGGAGUGAUGUAUCAGCUACUACUCUUUGGUGGGGAAAAUUAUAUGAGAAAGGCGGAGAAAAAUAUAUUCGAUUCGACAAGUUAGAUAUUGAAUUCGAUAUAAAAAAUGUAACUGUUCACUUUGAAAAUCUGUUUGGUGGCAACGAAGAACUUACGUUAGUGGCAAACAAAAUGUUCAACGAGAAUAUAAACAUUUUGAAAGAGGAAUUGCAGCCAGUAAUAAAAAAUAUCAUUAACGAUGUACUUACAGAUUACGUUAACAAGCUUCAUUCAGAAUAUACUAUGGAUCAACUAUUUCCUUUAUAGUUAAACUGUUGCUAGACUUUCAGCAAAUAAAGUUAACACAAUGUUUAGGUA